CAUGCUAUGCGCGUGCUUCAUUCGUGAUUGACAUUUGUCAAUGAAACCAUGCAUUCUACCUGCAGUGUCCUAGGAAAAACUUUAUAAUUACCACAGCUUUUUUGCCAGCAUCUAGAUCAUAGUGAUGCAAGCAAAACACCCCUGCCUUACGCUGGCUGUUCGGUGGUGGCCUCUCUCGUCGUUCCUCAGAAACCUUGCAUAGAAAAAAUAAGAAGCGCGGCAGAGAAAACAAGAUACGUAAACAAGCGGCAACCAAGCGUGUUUGCGAGCAUUGCAUCGAACCGUCGUCGUAUAGAAGAAACGUAACUAGCAUCAAGAGCACUGUCAAUAUGACUGAUGUGAUGAGCGCACCAACACGAGUUAUUCCUAACGCCGCUAAUGGGCCAAGCUCUUAUGCGAUUACUACCACGGACUGCGGCGGUCGGCUCGUGCUCCCAGAUCUUACUGCCGGGACGCCCGCCAUUACGAUGUUUCCCUGGAGCAAAUGUUUUUUCAUCAGACGUCCAAUUCACGGCACCGAACGGAGUGAGGACGAUACCAGAAGUGAGGAUAUUCACUGUGUUAGUCAGUUGCGUUUGCAACUUGACGGCCGCCUAUUCAUAUCUGGUAGUGUUUUCCGCCUCACGGAAGUCCACGAGGCGCGUGGCUCCUUGGAUGUAGAAAAAAGGUUCCCGUGUGCUGAUUCCCUUACGGGCGUGUAUUCCAUUUAUCGCGGUACUUCAUUCACUCGUAGUCAAAGGUACCGUUCUUCUCUAUGCACAAUUCCUGUAAAAGGCUCGUCGAACUUAAGCCGCCUCGAAGGGUGGGUUGUCGUCACGUUGCCCCGACUUUAUGCUAAUUUAUCCUUUGGAGCUGCCAUGGAGCAUUGGUGCGCUGAGCCUAUGAUUUUGCGAGCAUCGCGGCUUUGCAUUAAACCGUCGCAUCGCCACGACUGCGCCGUCAAGAAAAGAGCGGCUACCCCGAGCGCUCUGCCUCGGCUCCUUGUGCGACAGUCAGACGGCAUGCUCAUGCUUUUGUUCUACACCGUGGCCACUGAUCCCUCUACUGUGUCUGGCUCGUUUUGUGCUUGUAAAUCGGCUUUUCAAAUAGUGUUCUCCAGCUACCACUCACCCGAAGAAGUGAACACCGUGGCCAUGGCAACUCCGUUUGCAAACAAUUCCCUUGGUGACGCAUUUAAAGUGGUCAACCUCCAGAAGGCAUUAUUCCUUUUUCUCUACAAAGACAAGUCCGCAUUUGGUUCCUGGAAGACGUUUUAUGUUGGCACAGACUUCGAUAGUCUUCAAGAAUUGGAACUGGAACCUCCGGAGGCCGUGCGAACCUCUCUGACGGAAAGGCUGUCCCGGCAGACUGAGUUCUCAAAGGGCAACUCAAUUGAAUCAUCUGAGAACAACAAAGUGAAAGACAAGGCCAAUUUGGUGUCAAAGGCCCAACCUGUCGCCCGCCAGCAACGAUCCCUCUCCGAGUCUUCUGCAUACCAGAUACCCCAGGUGUCUAGGCGAGGCAUUCUGAAAAAUGGCACCGACUGGAGACGUACCAUCUCAGAGUCAAGUGAUGAAUUUUUGUCAUCCUUAUCCCUUGAUUCAGACACUUCGCUUCCAGCCAGCUCCCUUGAAAGCGUCCAACCUAAAAAAACGGUUAGCUUCAAUAACCACGUCACCAACAUUGUAUACAGGGCCAAUUCAAGUGUUUUAGCACGCCGUCGCAGAAACCAAAAGAAGGCAGCAAACAAAAAGAAGGCUGCUGCUCGACGCGCAUUGAACCGUUGCGAUUCAACUGACACUUCCGGUGUAAGCAGCGGCAGUGAAGCCAGUCUCGAAGAUGUCUCACAGAGCUGCCAGGUGCACCCCUCAGAGUAAACCUGGAGAGUAGGGGUUUAAAACAUCGGUGGGAAGUGUUCUCACACUAAGUGUGGGCUAGCCAUCUUUCAACAUAGUGUUAUACUCUCUCUUGCUCUGACUUUUAGUUUUUGAGCAUUCUUCCAGAGAUUUGAUGCAACACCCGAGUGUUGACAAACCCGUGAGACUUUUGUUCAUACAAUUCAAGGGCAAAAAGAAUGCUCCACUCUCAUUCAGGUCUGCAGUAGUGCAGCUACUGCUUCAACCCAGUGCUUUAUUGGCCUUUUGUGUGCCCUUACAGCAUGAUGCAACUGUCUUGCUUGGAGGUUAAUAAAAUUUUUCUUCAUGGGUUGAUGCUAUAGAGCUGCAUGUACCUUUACAUUUUCAUUCUUACUUGGAUUGCCAGCUUAAGCAGUGGUUUACAUUUGUAGAAAGUAAUUCUUUUGUGUCGUUUGCUCGAGUAUAUUUGCUGGCAUCAAAGAGGCAUUUAUAUGAAGAACCAGCACUUUCUUCUUUAUUUUCUUUAAGGGGAUUCAUUAGCAAUUUCUAUCAUUUUGUAUAUAAUUUCCUGCGCCUUUUGCAGGUGAAGAAAAUCCUAAAAUAUUUUUUGUUUAUAAGAAAUCUUUAUACACAUUGCAUUAAGAAAUGUAUUUCCCUCUGGUGCUUUAGGGCAUUUCCAUUUGUUUCUUUAUGUUCUGUAGAAUAUUAGGAUGUAUUUACACAUUGCAUCUAUACAUCUGAAAAUUUUUUCAAGCCAUCAUGUUUAGCACUUUCUUUUGCUCAUUUUUGAGGCCAUUUUGUUCUGCUUUUGCCUGUCCCUGUGAUUUUUCUUUAGCGCACACUUUUUGGUGCAUCAGUCCUGUUUUGCAAGUGGUGUUGAAUAUGUUUUUUUAGGAUGUUGGAGGCUAGCUUUUGUUUUUUUAUAACUCUGUAUGGUCUUUUGUAAGCCUGAGGUACUAGGUAGGUAGGUAGGUGUUGAAUUGUUGUCCAUGUCAGUUCCCUGUGAUACAUUAUACAUAGUACAAAUGUGGUGAGCUCUUUCUGCCUGAUGGGGUCUUCCUAUUCUACUGCAGCACAAGUGAUGUUCCACUGCCUAUUUGUUAUAAACAUUACACAAAGUUAGAUACGUCAGUGUCUGCUUAUAAAGCCAGUCAUUGAGAGAAUAUUUUGUCAAAGCUGUUGCCAUGAUUGUUGAAUGUGUGCAUAGGUUUGCAACCUCCGACUUCAAUAGUCAACUGUAGAAUAAAACUAAACUUCUGUAUGAGUGCUUCAGCUGUUUUGAAAGGAUUGAAAAAUGCUUUAUUGCAGUGCAGUUGGUGGCUUUGAGAAAUAUAUGUUUGUCUUCACUU